AUGUCUCACAAUCAAAUAAUACGAUGGCGAAAUCAUCGCAAAAUGGUAAUUCAGUUAUGGAUUAUUUCAUCACUUUAUAUGGCAUGUUGGCUACCUGUAACGAUAGUAUCACUCAUACAAAUAACUGUGAUACCUUCAUUUAUGGCUGAUCAAAUGGAUAUUAUUUCGUUUGCUAUCUAUUUGAUUCCACUUUUUUUACCACUUAUAUGUCUUAGUACACUUCCCGAUUUAAUUCAGAAAAUAUUAAAUACUAUUGGAAUACGUGGUCGGAAUAUUAUUGGAAUUGCUAAUAUUACCCGAACUGUAGAACAGACAGCGAUCAAUACAAAUCGUCGAUAA